AUGGCCCAGGGCCCAAAAGCCCAUUACGUUGCUUCCCUAACCAACCCACCCGUCUUCCUAGUUGCUUCCCUCGCUCAGAGCCUCUAUAAAUUGGAUUUUACGUUCAUGCAAUUCUCGCCCAGUCGCACCUUCAUCUGGUGCAGGGUGCGGGUUGGGUUCAUCAAUUCUGUGAAUCUUGCUUCUGAGGGUAGGCGUGGGGAUACCAGAGUCUUUCCGGGAAGGAAGAGAGGGGACUCUCCGUUUUCAAUAGAUCUUUCACUGUCUUCUUUUGAGGGGGAAGCCGGGGCCUCGGCCUCGGCGGCUUUCAAAGCCCCCACCUUCACAGCCCUAUCAACAAAACCCUAA